AUCGUAUCGACCAAACUAAACUUAGCCACUAAGCAUUCUUCUCCUGUUCCAAUUCCGAAACUCAAAAUCCACCAUGUCGUUUCCCUUCGGCCACACCCACCACCGCAGAGACGACGACGACGACGAACGACGCAAUGCUUACCCUCCGCCGGGAAGCACCUUCCCCAACCCUCACCAACAGCCGCCCCCACCCUUCUAUGGCGCUCCUCAACCACCGCCCCCUCAACCCGAGACCAACGUGUUCCACACCUCUCACGUGCCGCCACCAGGACACGUGUCUCAGGAUUUCAACUACUCAGCUCCCACUUCUCAUCACCACCAUGAAUCCGAUCAUGGGUUCUCCCACGGGUACUCCCCUGCUCCCGCUCCAGCUUAUUACCCCCCUCCUGGUACCACCUCCACCGUCCACCACGUGGCUCACGAGUCCCACCACCACACUCCUCAUUUCUCUUCUCACAACUCUCCCAGCAGCACCACCACCGUGACCCACGUCGGCCACCAGACUAACACCGGUCUCCGGAGCAAACCCACCGUGAGGGUUGUCACCAAAGCUGCGCCCGAUUUCUCUCUCACAAUUCGUCAUGGCCAAGUCAUUCUCGCACCCUCCGAUCCCUCCAAUGAGUAUCAGCACUGGUAUAAGGAUGAGAAGUACAGCACCAGGGUGAAGGAUGCAGAGGGGUGCCCUGCUUUCUCUUUGGUCAACAAGGCCACUGGCGAGGCCUUGAAGCAUUCCAUUGGUAGCUCUCAUCCAGUUCGGCUGAUAGCUUACAAUCCAGACUACCUUGACGAGUCUAUUUUGUGGACUGAGAGCCGGGACCUUGGUGAUGGGCACAGAGCUAUAAGGAUGGUGAAUAACAUUCAUCUUAAUGUGGAUGCUUUCCACGGUGAUAAGAAGUCUGGAGGUGUGCAUGAUGGCACUACAAUAGUCCUCUGGGAUUGGAAUAAAGGUGAUAACCAGCAGUGGAAGAUCUUACCUUACUAAGUAAAAUUGACGGAAUUGUGAGUGGAGUGGCUUUGAAGAUGCGAGUUAAGAGGACCAUUGGCGCUUGUAUUUUGGUGGUUUGUGCUUUGAAUGUUUUUCUUGCGAGUGUUAUCUAAAUAUAUGAAUGAUCUGGUGCAUUUACUGGUACUAUGUCAUGCAAUGAGCUUUUUCAAUAGAAUAAAGUGUGUUUAUCUAUUACUACUACAUACAUGUGACACUGGUUUGUUAUGCUGACCACAGAAUAUUGGUGUAUACAGUUUAUGUGCCUCUUUA